GGCCCCGCCCCAGCCCCGCCCCCCGCGCGCCCUCGCGCCGCGCCUGGAGCCAUUCAUAAUCCCGGCGCACAACAAAGGGGCGCGGGGGGCUCGGGGGUCCGGCCGGGCUCCGGCAGCGCCGGGGAGCCCAUGGGGCUGGCGUGCGAGGCCCGGGCGCCACCGAGAGGUGGACGCGGGACACGGGCAGGCGCCGGCCAGGAGAGGCGCGGCGGGGGCGGUGAGCGGCCCCCGCACCGGAGGAGGCCGCGGCGGGAGGUGACUGCCCGCGGGGCCGGGCGGGAGCUGGAACCCCCGGAGCCGAGUGACGCCGGGACACAGAGGCGGAAAGGGCGGGGGGGACACGCACAGUCACCCGUGGCCGGUCACACCCGCCCGGUCGCACGCACCCGCCCGGUCACCCUCCCGGUGACGCCGUUACAGCUGCGGGGAACUGUCCCGAUGAGGGGUUGAGCCCCCUGUACCCCCCAGCACGCUCUUGCCCCCCCAGUCCCCCAGCUGGAACCUCCACCCCAGAGGCCCCAGCCCCGCCUGCCGGCUCCCGGGGAGUGGAAGGGACACCCCGCAGCCCCGGGGCCCCGUCCCGGCACCGGGGGGGGGGGGGGUGGGGGGGGCUAUGAGUCAGCAAAGCGCGGGCGCCCUCUGCCGGUCCCGCUGCGCCUCCUGCGCCCGGGGGGGCCGCGGGGGCCGCACCGGCGGCGCGCCGGGGAGCCCUUACCGAGACACCGGGUGGCCUUUACCGAGCGACCAGGCGGCCCGGCCGCGGUGCGCCCCAGAACCGCUGCUCGCCCACCGGGAUGGAAAGCCCCUGCCCGGGCAGCCCUCCCCGCCCCCCCCCCCCAGAACGCCGGGUCUUGGGAGCGAGGAGCCGCUCCCCGGGACGCGGCGGGAGCGGCGGGGUUCCGACAGCUGGAACGAGGACAACCGAUCCCGCUCCCGUUCCCCGGAGGCAGGCAAAGCUCCAGGUGACCGAGGAUACGGAGGAUCUCUGAGGACAAUGCCCUGGCACACCAAGACACAAAGCAGCUGGAGUGGGGAUCUGGCGACCAGUCCACAGUAGGGAGACCCGACCCGUGAAGCUGCAGCGCCGUGGCCCGGCAGGAGCCAAGGGGGACUCUCUGAAUCCCCAAAAUUCUGCUGCUGUGUCCCUACCCUGGGGUGUGUGCAGAUGGCUGGGUGGGAGCGAGGCCACUGGUGCAAGGCAGAGAGCCGGGCUGGAAGGGAGCCUUUGUUGCACAGCCCACGGCCCCCCGCCUGCCCCAGCCCCCUCCAAGCUCUGGGGGGAGAUGAGCUCAGGCAGCUCCGACUCCGGCUCCUGCCAUUGUUGUCCCUGGGAGAGGGGCCGGGGCAGGGAUGCGCCAUUGUUCUCCCUGGGCCUGGGAAGCCGCCCCUAGGGGGGCCACAUCUCCAGCUGGCUGUGCGGGGUGAGGCCCUGGAGCAGCGAGGAGAGGGGACAGCCAGGGCCACAGGUUUGGGUUUGGCCCCGCCACAGCUCAGGCUUGUGCACCGGGAGGGGCCAUGGUGGGGACAAGGUGUCACACCAGAGCCACUCCUGCAGGGAGCAGGGUCUGGCCGCCAGCUCCCAGCCCUGAUCUGUGGGGAGGGACAAGGGGACAUUGUGGCCAGGGCUGGGAGUGUAGCCUGCUUGGGUUCUUUGGCAAAGCAGCCAUGCCCCAAGGGCAGGGCAUCUCCCCACAUCCUGGCAGCCCUGAAGAGCCCCUUUCCCAGUUGCCACUCUCCUCACACGGCUCCAUCUCCUUCCUGGGAGGAAGCUCAUCUCCUCCAGUAAUCCCAUGAUUCCAGGAGCUGGUGCUUUAGGAAGUGUGUGCACAUUUCAGUAUGGUUGAAGGUAUCUGGAACCUCCAGAGACACAAGCUGGGAGAUCCCAGGAUUCCCAGCAGCCUGGAUUUUGUGUGUUUAGUUUAUUGUGUUGCCCUGGGAAUAAAUCGUUAAAGAUUACAGGCAGACUUGGGCAUAAUUGCCGCA